AUGGCUUCUGAUCCCUCCAACAGCAACUCCUCCUCCUUCAUCCUGGUGGGUGUCCCUGGCCUGGAAGCUUUCCCCACCUGCCUGGGUGUCCUUUUCUGCUCGGCCUAUGUCAUGGCCCUGGUAGGAAACGGGGCGGUGUUGCUGGUCACUGGGCUGGACAAGUCCCUGCGUGCCCCCUGCCACCGGCUCCUGGCCACGCUGGCGGCCGUUGACGUGCUCAUGGUGAGGGCCGUGGUCCCCAGGCUGCUGAGCGUGCUGUGGCUGAACUCUGCCGAGAUCGGCUCCGUGGCCUGCUUCGUCCAGAUGUUCCUCGUCCACUCCGCCACGUCGGCGGAGUUGGGAUUGCUCCUGGCCAUGGCCCUCGACCACUACGUGGCCACCUGUCACGCCCUCAGGUACCACAGCAUCCUGAGCGCCCGGGGUGGCCUGGCCAUCGUGCUCAGGGCUCUCCUCUUCAUGGUGCCCCUGACGGUGGUGACGUCCCCGCCCUACUGCGGCCCGCGCGCGGUGCCCCACUCGUGCUGCGAGCACCGGGCCGUGGCCGGGCUGGCCCGCGCCGACCCCGCGCCCGCCGGGCUCUACAGCGGGGCCGCCUCCUCCCUCGCCGUGGGCGCGGACGGGGCCUGCGUCGCCGCGUCCUGCGGCCGCAUCCUGCGGGCCGUGCCGGGGCGCGGGGCACACCGCAGGGCCCUGAGCACGUGCGGGUGCCACCUGUGCGUGGUGCUGCUCUUCUACCCGCCCGGCAUCGUCUCCGUCUACGCCCAGCACUUGGGCAGCGCCGUGCCCGUGCCCAUGCCCGCGUGGGUCCUGCUGGCAGACCUGUACCUGGCCCUGCCCGCCGCCCUGAACCCCCUCGUGUACAGCGUGAGGACCCUGCUCAGGGUGCUCCUGCCCGGCAAGGCUCGUGCCUGA